CCUGAUCUCGCGAUAGUUGAACCGAGGGGCUUCUAGAAGACGGUGUGCUUCAUGGCGGUGACGGAGACUGCGAGUUUGUUGAGUUGUUAAAGCUUCCCCCAUCAGUCGUCUUCCUGCUCAGUGUGCUGGACGCAGGUCGCGUAGGGAGGUGAAGCUGUGACGAUGGAGAAUGGACAGGGCACAGGCUCCAAGCUCGGCCUGCCGCCUCUCACCCCAGAGCAGCAGGAGGCGCUACAGAGGGCAAAGAAGUAUGCCAUGGAGCAGAGCAUUAAGAGUGUCUUGGUGAAGCAGACCAUUGCGCAUCAGCAGCAGCAGCUCACCAACCUACAGAUGGCAGCAGUGACAAUGGGCUUUGGAGAUCCUCUCUCACCUUUACAAUCGGUGGCAGCACAACGGCAACGUGCACUGGCGAUCAUGUGUCGGGUUUAUGUGGGCUCUAUUUACUAUGAGCUCGGUGAGGACACCAUCAGACAGGCCUUUGCCCCGUUCGGUCCCAUCAAGAGCAUUGAUAUGUCCUGGGACUCCGUCACCAUGAAACACAAGGGCUUUGCUUUUGUGGAGUAUGAUGUGCCAGAGGCGGCACAGCUCGCCUUGGAGCAGAUGAAUUCAGUCAUGUUAGGGGGGCGAAACAUUAAGGUUGGGCGGCCAAGUAACAUCGGUCAGGCGCAACCCAUCAUUGACCAACUGGCUGAGGAGGCGCGUGCUUUUAACCGGAUCUAUGUGGCGUCCGUCCACCCGGACCUGUCGGACGACGACAUCAAAAGUGUGUUUGAGGCUUUCGGCCGGAUCAAGUCUUGUACGUUAGCCAGAGACCCCACCUCCGGACGGCACAGAGGCUUUGGCUUCAUCGAGUACGAAAAGCCACAGUCGGCUCUGGACGCCGUGUCAUCAAUGAAUCUCUUUGACUUGGGGGGUCAGUACCUGAGAGUGGGUAAAGCAGUGACGCCGCCUAUCCCCCUGCUGACCCCCACCACCCCCGGUGGGCUGCCACCGGCAGCUGCUGUGGCUGCAGCGGCAGCCACUGCUAAGAUUACGGCCCAGGCAAGUAUGAAUCCCUUCCAAAGGGAUUUAAUGGCCUUCCAGGAGGCUAUAACUGGUGCGUCAGUCCUGGGGGCCUUAGCUGCACCCCAGCUUCUCAGCCAACAGAUGGGGAUCCCUCAGGCUGUCAUGGCAGCGCAGGCACCAGGCGUAAUCACAGGUGUGACCCCAGUGCGUCCCCCCAUGCCGGUUCUCCCACAGGUCGGUCUGGUUAACCCAGUGCUAGCGUCACCGCCGGUCAUGGCCAAUCAAGGCGCCGCCUCCGGCCUUCAGGAAAAGAAGGAAGAGAAGGAGGAGCUACUGCAGGACGGCACGGGUCAGGAGAUGCUGAGCGACCAAGAACACAUGAGCAUCUCGGGCAGCAGCGCCAGACACAUGGUGAUGCAGAAACUGCUGCGGAAGUCAGAGUCCACGGUGAUGGUCCUCCGAAAUAUGGUGGGACCAGAAGACAUCGAUGACGACCUGGAAGGAGAAGUGACGGAAGAGUGCGGGAAGUUUGGUUCCGUCAACCGAGUCAUCAUCUACCAGGAGAAGCAGGGAGAGGAGGAGGACGCGGACAUCAUCGUCAAGAUCUUUGUAGAGUUUUCUAUGGCCAUGGAGAUGAACAAAGCCAUCCAGGCCCUCAACGACCGCUGGUUCGGAGGCCGCAAAGUCGUGGCCGAGGUUUACGAUCAAGACCGCUUCAACAGCGGAGACCUUUCGGCUUAGACGGUUCCCCAGUUCCAGAACAUUCUUAGGCCUCUCACACUUGUAAUUAUAUUUUUAUUUUCUGUUUUUUUACGAUGGUGUAAUGUUCAUUGUUUCUGUUGUGACUGUGAAGAUUCCCCUCAGACCUACAUUUUUACAAUCUUGCAAAACAGGUUUUCUUUCUGUUGUUCUGUUUCACUUUUCUAUAAUAAAAGAUUGUUGGUCAACA